UACUUCCGGAAAGAAAAAUGGCGACAUAAAAUAUCGAAAAAAAAAUGUCAGGACGUCCUCCAAAUGAGAGAGGGCCACCAGGAAACCCCCAUGAUGUGCCCUCCCCGUACAAGAGACCUCGCCCCCAGAGCCCUGUACAGCAGAGACCUGGAUAUCCAUAUGCCCAGGAUCCCCAGAGCCACAGGGCCUACCCUGGGGUCCCGGUGACUGCCUCUGUUUAUCCUAUGUACAGGCAGGAAUACCAGGGAUCGGCUGACCAGGCGGGCAGGGACCGCUACAGAGAGGAGUACCACCUGAUUCCCCACCGACGCCCCACCCUGCUCCAUGACUACCAGGCACACAGAGCCAAUAUAGACAGAUACAGAAGUAGGGAAGCUUAUGCUGGAUACGCUCAGGACACAAUGGGAAAUAUUCAGGUAUCCCAAGGGGGUGGAGAUCCAGGUCCCAGUACAAGCCAGGUCAACCAAGCCUCCACUGGUCCUCACACCCCCAAACGCCCCCGCCUGGGGAUGGAAAGACCAGAGUUACAGCCCCUGCAGAUAGACGUAAAAAAGGAACCAACCUACAAUCCGCAAGUGGAGGCAAUAUCGCCCACCCUCCCUCCCGAUGAGACCAGUCCCUCCUCCAAGGAUCAGCUUCUUCAGGCCAUCAGUAAAGUGGAUAGAGAGAUCAGCAAGGUGGACAAAGACAUUCAGAAACUCAAAAAGAAACAGCUUGUUUGUUUACAGGAGCAGCUAGAGUUAGAGAAAUGUAAACCACCAGAAGAGAAACAGAAAGUAAAGGAUAUUGUUGUCACGGAGACCAAACAUCAGAGCAUAGCUCAAAUCAUUUAUGCUGAGAACAGGAAAAAAGCUGAGGAAGCACACAACAUGUUUGCUAAACUAGGGCCGAAGAUAGAUCUGGUAUGUGUUAAAUUGCCUCUGUAUAACCAGCCCUCAGACACCACUGUUUACCAUGAGAACAAAAGAAAGUAUGCUGAGUUCAAACCUCGGCUCCUUCUGCAUUUCAAAAAGAGACAGCAGGAGAAGAGAAUAAGGGAGAGGUAUCUAACUGAAAGAUAUGAUCAGUUGAUGCAAGUUUGGUUGAAAAAGAUCGAAAGAAUCGAGAACAAUGCUAAAAGAAAAGCCAAAGAUGCCAAAACAAGGGAGUACUUUGAGAAGGUAUUCCCAGAGAUCAAGAAGAACAGGGAGGAUAAAGAGAGGUUUUCCAGGGCUGGGACUCGAGCUGGGAACAAUGGGGUGUAUGCAAGGAGUGAGGCCGAGCUGGAGCAGAUUAUGGAUGGACUUCAUGAACAAGAGGAGGAAGACAAAAAGAUGAGGAGCUAUGCAGUGGUGCCCCCUAUGAUGUUGGAUGCUCGGCAACGUAAAUUACGAUACACAAACAAUAAUGGGCGUGUAGAAGAUCCAAUGGCUGAGGAUGAGGAGAGAAAGUUUAUAAAUGUGUGGACACCACAGGAAAAGAACAUCUUCAAGGAGAAAUAUUUACAGCAUCCCAAAAACUUCUCUUACAUUGCUCAGUUUCUGGAGAGAAAGAGUGUAGCAGACUGUGUCCAGUACUACUAUCAAACCAAGAAAACAGAAAAUUACAAACAGCUUCUACGUAAACAGACAGUACGAAAACAGAAGUGGAAGAAGCCUCAGCAGCAAGCAUCCUCACGCCUUCAGGAUGACUCUAACAAGGAGCGAGGUGCUGGUGGUGAAGAUGAGGUAGUCUCCUCAGCCACCUCAGAGCAGGCAAUGGAAACCUCAGAUAACUGUGCACAAGCCUCCUCCUCAAGUGAGGCAGACCUCAAGAUCAAAGAGGAAGAAUUCUCAUCAGAUGACAACGAGGCAAUGGCAGCAGUCACUGCAGGGAGUGAAGGGGAUGGGGGUGCCCAUAACUGUGCGAUCUGCGAUGUGCAUCUAGAGCACUAUGGUCUGAGUCGACCUUUGACACAAAGUAAUUGUGACCUGUAUGGUAUGAAGGAAGAAAACCUGAAGCCUGACAUGAGAGUGUGCAGCAGUUGUCGCUGUAAAUCUGUGAGGCGCAGAUACACACAAUGCCCAGUACCUUUAUGUAAAACUCCAAAGAGGAAGGUCAAGCGACUCCGACCCCUGCCCCCUAAAUGGUCAGAGUUAUCAGCUGAGGCUAAAGACCCAAUCAUCAAGGAACUUCAGCUUACUGAUGACAUUACAAAGUGCUGCUCUGCCUGUUUUAACCGGAUAGCGAGGAGACUGGGGACGGGAUCUGGGGCCGGGGACCAGGUGGCACCGAUGGCCCCCGAGACCACAGACACCACAGGUAUUCUAAAGAGUGUAGAGACAUCUCGUUGGACUGAAGAGGAAAUGGAGAUAGCAAAACAAGGACUGAGGCUUCAUGGCAGAGACUGGGCAGCCAUAGCAAGCAUGGUACCUACUAAGACAGAGGCACAGUGCAAAAAUUUCUACUUUAACUACAAGAAGAAACUGAAUCUGGAGCAGAUUGUUCAGGAACAUGCCAAAGAAAAGGUUUUAAAUUCCCAAGAAGUAGACAAAAGGACCACCUCUGUGUGUGAGAGUAUUGCUUCCACGGUUACAGCGACCUCAGAUGUGGAGGACAUGUCCUCAGGAAUGGAGGACAAUGAUGAGGAUAAUGACUCUGACACAACCAGUGCUCCUAGCCCCACUGCUCAAAGGAUGGAGGAAGGUCCAAUGAAAGAGGACAAACAAGAAGGGAACACCGUGCCUGAACUACCGGAUCACCAGAGCACUGCCCCAGUGGGAUUCCCCCAGAACCUGACCUCUAACAAGCCUCUGAGUGCCUCCCAGGGCAGCCUCCGCAGUGUGGACAAUGACAGCAGUGCCACAAUGAGUGCUGAUGAAGCCCAUCCCUCAGACAGCCACACCCACAGGGAACAGCAGAGUGAGCCAAGAGACUCAUUUAGUCCUAGAACAUCUGGAAUCCCUGCCUCUAAGUUACCGAUGCAGCAUCCAGGUUUUGGUAACUUUCCACUGCAACCUCCUCAAGCAAGUCAGACUCACGUACAGCAGGUGAUUCAAGGUGCCCAGUUAGGUGUACCGAAUCAACCCCGGCCUUCCACAAGCCCUGGUUUACAGAUGAAGAGUGCUCCACAUGCCCAUCCAUCACCCAUCAGGCAGAGCCCAGUGCCCAGUAUGGUGGGCUCAAGUCCUGCCCUGGAGAUGGACCACAAUCGCCCAUCUCGUCCAUCAAGUCGUGACAUUAGGGAGGUACAGCAAGGAAUGGGACAGGCAAACUCCUCAGUGCUGGAUUUCUCAGGUAGACAGAUGUCACAAAACCAACAGCAGGGCAGGAACACCUUAUAUAGUAUGAUGUAUCAAGGAGAGAAUAAUCAACACAGACCUUCUAGUGCUAUGUCAGAGCCAGGAUUUGUCAACCAAGGCCAUCUGAGUAGGAGCAUGUCACCAAUUGUGCCAGGCAACAAGAACAGUCAGAAUGAUGCCAAGAGAAUGUCCUGUGUCCGUGACCUCAUUCAUUCAGCGAUAGAGAGGAAUCUGGUUCAGUCGGAUCGACCUACAGAGAGACCCCCUGAAAAACGGCCUGCAUCCUCAGAGCCAGUUUAUAGAGGUCAACCAAUGAUUCCUGGAAUGAAUCAGUACAAUGUUCAGGAUCUAAGGAAAGAGAAGCCAGAGUAUGGUGGGCGGCACUCAGUUUCUCCCUAUCACAUGCCUGUGGGCAGAAUGGAGAGGGAGGUACCUGACAGCAGGGACAGAGAUCUUCCUCAGGACCUGUCUAAAGCCCCCCAAGGUUACAGGGGAAAUCCCAGGGAUUUUGGAAGCCAGCCUCAGUUUGAAUAUAGAAGACCUGCAGAGGAUCCGUUGCCUAGGUCUUCUGGUCCUCCACCUGCUCACUCUCAAAAACCAAGUGGAUAUUAUCACAAUGAGGCUCUGCCACUAACUAACAGACCUCCAUCUGUGGAGCAGAAGUCCCCACAGCCUUCCUUCCAGCAUGACAGACAGGCAAUAUCACCAGCCAUUAAUAGGCACAUCCCACCAAGUACAUCCCCAUACCCUGGAAUGCCCACAGUAAUGGACCCCCAUGGCCGUGGACAACCUAGGCAAACCAUUCCUCCACCCCCGCCAUUAAUCAAUAACAAGGGACCUUCCCCCAAGCUGAACACAAAAUCCCCUCCAUCAAGUGGCCAUCCCUCCAUGCUCAUGCCUCCAGGUUCAGUUAUGCAUUCACCUUCAGGAUCAAUAACUCAGGGUACUCCUGUGAGAACUAUGGCUCAGAGUUUGAAUCCAAAUCAGGUAGCAAGUAUGGCACAGCGUCAGGAGGCUAUUCACAGACCUGUACAGCCAAGGAUGCCUAGUGGCUCAAUAACUAGUGGCACACCUGUCAAUAGAGAUAUGGGGAACCGAGGGCCUCCAGGUGGAAUGGAGGGGCCAAGGAUGCAGCAGUUACAAUGGGAGCAACAGAGAAUGAUGAUGGAGCAACACAUGACCAGACCACAGCAAUAUCCCCAGCCAGGAAUGCCAUAUCCUUACCAGUCAGAGAACAGCACCAGACAAACAAUCAGAUGUGACUUUGAAACUUCUAGGCAGAUGGGAGGACCUCACAGCAGAAAACAAGAGAGCCAAUCCUCACCUAGAGGAAAAGAGGGAAAGCCAGGAGCAUACCCAGGAUCCAUGAUGCCAGGCUAUCCUCAAAGUAGCCAGGGGUUGGUGUAUCUUCAACCUUCCAUGCCACAAGAUAGGAGAUUGUCACCACACCCAUCACAUAAUGCUCCACCACAUGAGGAGAAACCUAUUGGAUGGCCUAAACAGGGAAUGGCUGGACCAGUUCCUGGUCAAGUUCCUCAUGAUCGACCAAGCAUAACCCAUGGGACAGGCCGUCCCAGUGUCAUCACUGUGAAUGAUCGCCCAGAGUACCCAAACGAGGGUAUGAGAGGUGGGCAGGGUGCAAGCUCCCCAAGAUAUGACUCAAUGUUACAAAGACAGCAGCAGCAACAACAGCAAAGAACAAGCAUACCAGCUGCUACACUUGCAGCACAGCAACAGGAGUACAACAGAAGACAGAUGCAAGAAAAACAAGAACAACAAGAAAGGGAGAAUGCAAACAAAGUCAAGGCUUUCAAUUUGGAAGAGCAGAUCAGAAGAGAGAUAAUGGAGUCCCCCAAACAAGAGGAGAGGCUUCACAAAACCGAAACAGAUUCCAGCAGAUCCACAUCAAACCGAUCUUCCCCAGGAUACAGGCAACAGAACAUCUCAACUCCAGCAGAGUUCUUCAAAGUCUUUGCCCAAGAUCAAAGUGGAACAAACCGCUCAGGCAGUGAGAGACAGUCUUCCUUAACCGCUGCCAAUCUGAUUGAUGCUAUUAUUAUUCAUCAGAUAAAUAGUUCUACAGAAGAGACAGCGACUUCCAAAACAGAGACAUCUCCUAUGAACUCUAUGGUCUCCUCUGCUUCUCGUCCCAAACAGGAGCCACCAGACUCGGCUCCACAAGCAGGACCACAUUCUUUGCAGCCUGACCAAAAGUCACCACCAGCCAUGCAUGGGAAGAAGAGAUGGGUGCAUGAAUCUCAGCAGAGGCCUGCUCAGUCUUCUCCUAUGCCAAGCACUCCUCAGAGUGGAUCAGGACAGGUAUCAGACAGUGACAAUAGUCCAACAACAUCCAGCAUGGACGCCCAGACUCCCAAAUCUGAAGGAUCAAGUGCUGAACAGAAGAAUAACAUGACCCUGGGGGAACACAUCACCUCCAUCAUAAUGAUGGAUUAUGGCAACGGCAAGCCCUCCCUCAAAAACAACGUUCUCAGUCAGAUUAAUGGCAGCCCAGAAGACUCUCCCUCUGUCAGUAAUUCGGGAACCCCAGUCACUGCAGUGCCUGACCAGUCGUCCCCAGGGAAACCCCUGAUGUCCCAGAGUCAGACUGAUGGGGUGUCCCAGUCCACUGACUCUCGCCCCCGAAGCUUCUCUACAGGAGCAGGAUUUGUACCCUCUGUCCAUGGCCACAAAUGGAAGAAAGCCCACAUGCAUCAGGACACCAGUAAUAUGGGAUCCAGAAGUUCAUCUGGAUCUGGAGAAAUGUACCCGGACAGCAUGACCUCUCACACGGGAGAAGGGGAUAGGGGUCAACAGCCGGACCAAUCCCGCUCCCCACUCAUCUGUAGUGGCACUGAACCAGUGUCCCCCGCAGGAGCCCCAGAGAGUAGCGAGGCACUGCCUGCCACGACUUCUCCCCCUCCCUCGCCUCGCUCACGAUCUGGUUCACUGAACAUUUCCUCAAGUGUAGCCGCAAAUCACCAACAUAUUUCCAGUCUCUUGUCUAGACCCAACACUGCUGGUGGCCACCAAGCGGAGUGUUCUGUCUCCUCCCCACAAGUGUCAGAAGUGGCCUCCAGCUCCAAGCCUGACAACAGCCAGCUGGGCAGCCUGUCCCCGCUGGACUACGUCAAGAACAAGAUUGCUGAAGUCCUCCGGGAUGAGUACGAUCCCAAGGCACAAUCUGGUGCGUCUGCCAUGCAUCAGAGAAGCCUUCAACAGAAAAUGGCACAGCAAUCAGGACCCAGUCACCUACAGAGUUCCAGUGUAGGAAUCAAUCGUUCCAUCUCUCCAAUGACAGGGGGUCACCACCAACAGGCAGAGCCAGAGUCCACCCAGCAGAGGGGCUGGGAUAAUCAACAGAGAGAGAUGCACUCACAGCAACAUGGAGACAGCAUGGCGUCUUUACAGCAACACCAGCAUGAGACUUUUCCUUCAAGUACUUCCUCCAAUGAGCAGCUGCAAUAUCAGGACCCAAACAACAAACACCUUAGUUCAAGUGAUGAAGUGAGUGAUAGCUCCAGCACUUCUUCCCAACCUGUAUCUCAGAUGUCAGCGGCACAUGCUAAGAAACGCAUGUUUGCACGUGGAAGAGUCAAGUAUGGGCCUGAUGAUGCUCAGAGCAAAUACUCCCAGCCAAAAUCGUUACCAUCAUCUAUGUCUGAAGUUCAGAGGGCAUCUACCACAACAGACAAGAAAGGUCCACGAUCUGAAUACGACUUCCCAGAUAGUCCGGAUGAUGACCCUGUGGUGAAAGGAAGCUACAUGGCUCUGUCAAGUACAACCAGAAGCCCUCGCCGUGGAAUAGUUGAUAGUUCUGACAGUCGUACAGAACGAGGAGGUGACUCGCAAGUCCAAAGUUCAGACUCAAGAUUUGGAAUGGACCAUAGCGAAGCCCAGAGCUCAGAAGCUCAGUCUUACAUGCGACCAGAUCAAAACAUUGACAGUCGCUUCAUGAGACGCUCAUCCAAACACGAUACAUCAGAAGUGGAUGAAAGUUCUAAUGUGUCUCAUCCAAGCAUAGACAGUACACACUCAGACAGAAUGAUCAUUGAUGAAUCAGGGGGUGCUAUAGAUAGUUCAUCGGUAGCUGACGUAACCUCCGCAUCACCCCAAAGGGACAGGUCAAAAUCUUCAAGGUCAUCCAAAGACAGUGAGAACAGCCCUCGCAGUAGUACGGAUGUUCAAGACGGAGGAGAACGCAUGGCUCAAAGUCGUACACCAGACAGUGCCGUAGGGUCAUUUACACACCGAUCUCGAUCCCCGAGGGUAGGCGAGUCACACUUCCCUCUUCUAGACACCACCACACACCCACACUCUAGCUCCGAAAUGCCAACGUCUGCAUCUAACAUCCCUACAAGCACCUCCUCUGCCUCAAUGCCUUCUCCAUACUCUGGGGCCGGGCAACAGGUGGGGUCCAGUGAUGGAGACCAUGGGUUCCAGCAGAGGGGGCACGAGCCCACCCUCCUUCUGUCCGCACAAUACGAGACACUGUCUGACGACGAUUGAACCAAACACAAGUGUUGACUGAUCAAUUUAUUACCCAGCUUGGAGAGCAUUGAAUCUUCUGCAAGGACACCAGUGAUGACGAUGUUCCAAAUAGCUCAACACCUGCUUCAGGGCCCAGCAUCUUUUUUCACUAUGUUUAAGGAUUAGCUAUUAUUGUGAUGAUAUUCAUAGCUUCUUAGUUUCAUUCAGAUUCACUGCCCAUUGCUCUAUGUUGAACAUUAUAUGCUACUUUAGAGCUUUUGUGGUUACUUUGCAUGCUAUGACUCUAUUUGAAAUAGAUGUCACACAGCGUUCAAGAUUUCUGGAUUAUUACCUAGAUUCAGAUCAUAUGUUGCCAUGUUUAGUUACUAGUAUCUGGUUUUUCAUGUGGUGUUAUAAAGACAUUGUAGUGUCUCCAUUGUUAAACUGUAGGUAAAAGAAUGCAUGUACAAGUCCUUACUCAACCUUCAGAUGUUGUCAUUUCAUUAGCUUUGUUACGCUUUUUCAAUAUUUUUGUGAUAGUUUUUUUUAUUAUAAAUUGUGCAAUUCAAUUAAGAUUUGUAAAUUGUGGAAUUUAAGAAAGCGACUUUUUCGUUCUAAUACAAUUUUAAAGUCUCAAUUUUACCAUUACAUUUGUAAAAUAUUUUGGAUUAUGAUCUCGUUUGCAUGUCUAGAAAUAUUUUGGUUGAAAAUGAAGAAAAAAAUUAAAAGAUUGAAAAACAUGA